UUUACCAUUCAGCCAAACGAUCGUGUUGAUGACAGUUCUAAUGUUGUUGCAGGGAUGCGAACGUCGGGGGUAGAAGUAUUAGGGGAUGAAACAAGCGAGCACCCAGCUCCGGCGUUGAUAAGACCCGACUACGCAGUGCAAGGCCGGUGCGCACGGUGAGGUGUGUGUCUUCUUCAGCUUUUUUCGUGUACGCGUGUGCCUUUCAUCAUAAUCAAUUUCGUCCAAUUAAUAUAAACCUGGGAGCCUGUGGUGCAUGCCCAAUUCUAGUCAGUUGCGCGUCGAUUAAGUUAGUCGUUGGUUGGUUCCGUCCGUUGGUGAAGCCACGAAGAGCACGGUCGUAGAAUGUUCGGUCUGUAUGUGGCCCUCAUCGUGCUGGCCGUGUGUCUGUACUUCAAAUGGAGCUGCAGCUACUGGACCCGGCGUGGGAACGUGGCCGGACCGAAGCCGUUGCCGAUUUUCGGCAAUCUGCUGGAGCAGCUAACCGGCCAGAAGCAUUUCGGAGAGAUCUUCGAGGAGAUGUACCGAGCGUUUCCGGAAGCUAGUUGGGUCGGAUACUACAAGAUAUCGAACCAGCCGGGCAUUGUGGUGCGUGAUCUGGAGCUGGUGCGGGAAGUACUGACCAGCAGCUUUUCCUCGUUCAAUCAGAACGAUUUCCACAUCGACGAGACGCUCGAUCCGCUGGUUGCGUACAAUCCGUUCGUGCAGUCCGGUGAACGAUGGAAGGAACGGCGCAACCAGAUGACGUCCGUGUUUACGAUGAACCGGAUUCGGGCCACGUUCCCGCUGGUGCAACAGGUGGCACAGGACUUUGUGGACUUUAUAGCAAGAACGCGCAAGACAGAUUGUCAUUUCGAGGCAAAGGACAUCUGCGCCAAGUACACCAUCAACGUUGUCGCCAGUGUAGCGUUUGGAAUCGAUGCAGAAUCGUUUACCAAUCCGAACGCCGAAUUCCCUCGCAUGGGUAACGCACUGUUUGCGCCUACUUGGAUGACGGCGAUCCGAUCGCAGUUGGCCCUGUUCGCUCCUGGACUGGCUAAGCUUCUGCGCGUACCCUUCGUUCCCGGGUACGUUGACCGAUGGUUUAGGCACAUGGUCCGAGAAACCGUACGUAAGCGCAAGACCGCCAAACGCAACGACCUGUUCCAGGCCAUGUAUGACAGCUUAUCCGAAAACGGAACGGUGGAGGCAAACGAGAACCAUAUCGUGGGUCAUUCGGUGACGUUCCUGUCGGAAGGUUUCGAAACCUCCAGCACGAUGAUGAGUUAUCUGCUGUAUGAGCUUGCGGCCAAUCCAUCGAUCCAAGACAAAGUGGUAAAGGAGCUGCGCACCGUUAUGGACGAAUCCGAUGGGCAGCUAACGGAAGCGGGCCUCCAUAAGUUGGUGUACAUGGAAGCGGCAAUGAUGGAAACGCUUCGCAUGCACACACCGACAUUCACCUUGCCACGCAUUUGCACGAAAGAGUUCGAACUUCCGCCACAGUUCCCGACCGAUACGAAGCGCGUAACGUUGCGCCCUGGAACGUCGGUCGUUAUUCCGGUGUAUGCCAUCCAUUACGAUCCGGAAAUCUACCCAUCGCCGUACGUGUUCGAUCCGGACCGUUUCUUGGAGGAGAAUCGCAAAUCUCGCCCACGUCACGCCUUCCUCGGGUUUGGCGAAGGUCCUCGGUUAUGCUUGGGAAUGAAAUUCGCUUUACACCAAAGCAAAAUUGGCAUUGCGAUGCUGCUGAACAAAUAUCGGGUAAAGUUGUCGCCGAAGCAGGAACUGCCGCUGGACUUUGCCAGAAAUUCUUUCCUGCUGUCUCCCAAGUCGGGCAUCUGGCUAAACUUUGAGGACAGAGCGUAGACCGGGCUUGUAUUGUGUAGCAGCCAAGAGAAAGAAUAUAAACAUCACUUUAUAGUGUUUUAAAGAUAAAA